AAAAAUUAUACUCCGGUUAAUUUAAAAAAUGUUUGGUCACACCAAGUUGUACACCAUUUUUCUUCUAAAAAUUAUACUCCGGUUAAUUUAAAAAAUGUGUGGCGAGGAGAGAAGAAAUGGUGUAAGAUAAAGACCAUUGCUGUUGAUUUUACAAAUAUAGUACGAGGCUAUUUGUGUUACACAAUUGCACAAAAGUCUUGUUUUCCAUUGCUUUCCACUGUUCUUGGCUAAAAGUUUCUUCAUUUACAAGAAACUCUUCGCCAUUAUUCUUCAAAGAAGAGGAACAUUAAGUCUUUUAAAGAUCUGCAAGCACACUCAAAAUGGCACCCAAUGUGCGCUGGAGGUAUGGAAAGGCAUACAAGGCAAUGAAUGCCCUUGGUUAUUCUACAGAAAUAGUGAAACCAAUACUGAAGAAACUAUUGGAUGUCUAUGAAAAAAACUGGGAUCUCAUUGAAGAACAAAACUACUCUGUUCUUCUUGACUCCAUCUUAGACAGCGAGGACAAAAUGGGGUCCCUUGAGCAGAAAGACGACGAAGAACUGAUCCGCUGGCUUGGAAAUGUGCGCGCAGAAGAUGAACAUGAAUUUCUGGAUUACUCUCUGGAAAAUGAUCAAGUUCAAGACACAAUGCCAGUUAAUUCAAACACGGUUGAAAGAAAAUUAAAAUCUGAAUGCAAUGAUGAUGAUGCUCCUCAUACAUUUCACUCUGCUGCUAUGGAAUCUGUCAACGAGCCACUCUUUGAUGACCACCCAGACGACUCUUCAAAUGGAUAUUUUUUGGAGUUCCCGGACUCGGAAGAUUUGUACUCAGAGGAGAAACAAAACGGAAAAUCAGAUUCGGAUUCACGGCUGGACAUUGCAUCCCUUCCUGGCAGCGAGAAAGUGAAAAUUUCUUUGAUAUACGACAAAUCUUCGCUACCACUAGAUUUCUGUGCCCCAAGCUUAGAAUCUGUGGUUGAAAUGGUUCAGAAAGAGUGUAUUGAAUCAUAUGGAAUUACUCAGCCUGGGUUCUCAUUCCUGAGGCUGAUGGAAUUCACCUGUGAGUGCUUUCUUGCUGUGUCUGGCGCCAUUUGUGAAGUCAAAACCAAUUUACGCGCAAAACAGAAUCAAGAGCCCAUUAAAUCCGGAUACACGUUUUCCAUUGCACCAGAUUUUCUUAACCUGAUGAAAGUCAAACCCUCACUCCCAGUGGUCCCAUGCUCAAACAUGCUGGAAACCGUUUUUAUCAAGAAAGAUAUGAAACGUAAGAGAAGUUGCAAAACAAUUGUUGCUUGGAAGCAACGACCUUCACAUAAGCCUUUCUACUUUGUUGAAGACAUUAGUAAAGGUGAAGAAGAGGUGAAAAUUUCUCUGGUAAAUGAAUUUAACCACGAAAGGCCACCUGCCUUUGUGUACAUCCCCAAAAACGUCGUUUUCCAAGAAGCCCGAAUCAGAUUCCUUCUCGCCCGUAUAUCUGAUGAUGACUGUUGCUCUGGUUGCAUUGGGGACUGUUUGGCUCUUAAAAUACCAUGCGCCUGUGCUGGAGAAACAACUGGCGAAUUUGCGUACACAAGGCAAAAUUUACUCAAGGACAACUUUCUUGAGAAUUUCGUCUCGAUGAACCGUGAGCCUAAAAAACACCCACAUGUUUACUGUCAAGACUGCCCACUUGAGAGGUCAAAUGGUAGUGAGAGAUUGUCUGGGAAAUGCAAAGGUCACCUUGUUAGGAAGUUUAUCAAAGAGUGUUGGCAUAAGUGUGGUUGCAGUAAAAAUUGUGGAAACCGUGUUGUUCAGCGUGGCACAUCUGUGAACUUGCAGGUUUUUAUGACUCCUGAUGGGAAAGGUUGGGGGGUCCGAGCGCUUGAGAACUUGCCCAAAGGCACGUUUGUUUGUGAGUACGUGGGAGAAAUUGUAACCAACAUGGAACUGUAUGAGCGGAACGCAAACAGUGCUAAUGAGAGGCAUACCUAUCCUGUGCUGCUAGAUGCUGACUGGACUUCUGAAAGAGUUUUGAAUGACGAAGAGACACUCUGUUUGGAUGCUACACAUUAUGGAAAUGUUGCAAGAUUCUUAAAUCACAGAUGUUUCGAUACCAACUUGGUUGAGAUACCUGUGGAAGUCGAGACUCCAGACCAUCACUACUACCACCUCGCCUUCUUUACGACAAGGAACGUUAAUGCUUUGGAAGAGUUGGUCUGGGACUAUGGUAUUGAUUAUGAUGACCACAAUCAUCCUGUGAAAGCCUUCAAAUGCCAAUGCGGUAGCAAGCUAUGCAGAGAUGUGAAGCCUAGGAAGAGAGUAAGGAGCAGCUAUUGAUGGUUGCCUGCUUGUUAGAGGAGAUUCUGGUUUAGCUGUGUU